UCACUACCAUUGUUUAGCAAUGCCACGCCAACACAAUAAGUAAAAUGCACUACUUCCUUUUUUUUUUAUGCUCCAUAACCAGUUUUGGAAACCUAGCAUGAUUUGACUUCACCCCUUGUUCUGGGACCUCAUCUAUAAUCAAACAUGUUACUUGGGCUCAAUAUUUUGAGAAAUUUCUCCUUGAAUUGGUGAACGUGCUAACUAUGUGACAACUAUACAAACAACACUCCAAAGCAGGCUAACUUUCUUUUGAACACAGAUGAGCUUUUGAACUUGCCAUGUGUUGUGAAGUAGGAAGAUUUCUUUGUUCAACAUCUAUGCACUGGUUCUUCUCAACCAAUCAGACUUUGGGACUGGGUUUUAGGACUGGGAUGUGUGACUGAACAGAGUUGGCAUAAUAUUAUAGGAAGUUAUUGUUUAGGCUAAGGAUUAUGGAUAUAGUAGGACUAUAUUUAUUUGACAGGAAUGCUGUUCCAGACAAAAGAUACUGGGCUAGAAACAAAGUCACAGGUACCUGAAAGGAACCAAGUAAAGAAAAGUUUCAUGUUUAAUGUAUUACCAAAUCUGUUCAUAGCAAAAUCAGUUCAUGGUUAUGAAAGUGAAUCCAAAUAUUUCUUUAAAUGCUGUCAGGCCAGAGGACCUUUGAGCCAACAAGUGCAAUUUUGUGAUUCAUCAGAUUAAUGCAUCCAAUUAUGUUGUUAAAAGCACUUUAGAUUGUAUCAUCAAUAUCCUUUUAUUUUAUAGUUUCCGUUUGUUUCCAUGUAACUCUUUGUUUCUUAAGUUAAACAUGGACUAGAGUUUUACAUAAUAAAAUAAUAGAGUUCACCUCCAGCCCCAUUUUCCACAGCCAUAGGCACGUUUGCACAUGCCUAAAUGAGCAACAUAUGAUAUGCACAGGUUGAGGGCGGGAUUCGCUGCUGUGUGCAGCAUGAAGCAUAAACCCUGAAAGAUUUACAAGAUUCACACACUCAUCAAACCAGUUGAGCACAAUAGACAUGUUGUAAUCUCACAGGCGCCUUUCUAGAUCUCCUGAUAGCAUUGGCUGCUUCAUUCCUGAGCGUCGUGUAGAAAUGGAGGGGAUUGUAGAAGGCUGUCUGGGUUUUCUAUACGAUCUGCUGGUGGUAGUCUGUGUUGGGCUGCUGCUUCUGCGGGUUGCUGAGGGCCGGUCGGUGAGGCUAGUGCUGCUCGUGGUUUCAGGAGUGAUGCUGAGCUACUUGGUUCAUUCAAGUGUCCUUAAAGUGGGGCUUGUGAGUGUGCUGUGUAGUGUCAUCCACUAUGUAGGGAGAGAAGAGGUCAUGUUGACAACCCAAAACAAGGCGGUACUGAUCACAGGUUGUGAUUCAGGUUUUGGUCAUGAUCUGGCCAGGUUUUUGGACAGCGCGGGGAUGAGGGUGUUUGCAGGGGUUCUGGAUGAACUCAGUCCUGGAGCUCUGAAGCUGAAGAAAGAUGCGUCUCAAAACCUCACUGUCCUACAGUUAGACAUCACCAACAGCAGCCAGAUCACACAGGCACAUCAGUACAUCCAGAGUCAAACAGGCAAAACAGGACUCUGGGCACUUGUGAACAAUGCCGGAGUGCUGGGAUACGUGUGCGAUGGAGAAAUUCUGCCAAUUAAAAUGUAUAAAAAAUGCUUAGAUGUGAAUUUUAUUGGUAGUGUGGAGAUAACACAAGUCUUUCUGCCUCAAAUACGACAAUCAAAAGGACGACUCAUCAGUAUAUCCAGUAUGGCAGGAGAAGUUCCACUUCCUGGAUUCGCAGGAUAUGGGGCAUCUAAAGCAGCGCUGAUCUCAUUCAAUGGAGCGAUUAGACAGGAACUCUCACGCUGGGGAGUCAAAGUCAUCGUCAUUCAACCUGGAGCUUUCAAAACAAAUAUUUUGGGCAGCAGAGAGCAAUGGAAUAGCGCUCAGGAGGACAUCCUCAGCGGUUUGGCUCAGGAGGUGAAGGCGUCUUAUGGAGAAGAAUACAUCCGCUCAAUGCAGCAGCGGCUGGUCAACAUGUCUUCAGCAUCAAGCUCAGACACGGGGCCGUUUCUGGAGGCUUUAAAGCAUGCCAUACUGUCCCCGAGACCAAAGCCCUUCUACUACCCCGGGGCUUCGGCGUGGGCUCUUCCAUUACUCUACAGACACAGUCCCACCUCACUGUCUGACAAAAUCUUCUCACAAAUCUUUAUGAGCAGUGAUGCCCAGCCAGCAGAACUCUUGAAUUCUUGAGUUGUGACUCUCUUUACUGAUACUAAUGGACUUGCACACUUAACAUUUACACACCUACCUCAUUUGACUUUCUGAGGACAAUUCAGGUGAGCAAAUACCACAGCAUCAGCGGUCAUUUUACAGUCUAGCAUCAAGGUACAGUCACAUUUAUCAUUGUUCUGCAAAUUUUCACGGGCGAAAGAUUUUCCCUACGUAGAUUUCGCAAGAGGUUCAACCCACAUUGACCAACAGAAAGCUGCUAGGUUUGAAAAUGACUGCAUUGCUAUAUUAUUUACAAUAUUCUUGGCUGUGAAAUAAUCGCCAGAAUUUCACUAAUAUGGCUUAAUGGUUUUAAAGCCAUCAUUGAAAUCUCAGCCAUUUUUAAAGCAUUGGUCAUCACAUCCAGGUCAGGUUUUAUUUAAUUUUUUUUUAGGAUGGUACAUUUAAUUGUGAAAAAAAAAAAAAAAAAAAUUAUACAUAAGGUCUUGUUCAAACAAAUCCAUAAAACAUUUGACCUUUUCCAUGAAAUGUUGGUCUUUUAAAAAUGUCAUUAAACAU